AUGGGAAUGUGUAUGCCAGAAAUAUUGCCAGUUGGUCUGGUGCAUGACCAGCGAUGUAGCGUCAGCGCCUGCUCCGGGAGUCCGCGACCAGUCCCGACCUGCGCCGCGCCGGCAGCCGCAGCUCUGAGGCCGGUGACGCCACCGUCGGAGCGGCCGGCCGCCGCGUCUUCGGUGCUGCUCACGUCCACGCCGAGGUCGGAAGCGCGGGCGCGCCGACCCAUCUCGCGCACGGCGCCCGAGGCGGCCGUCAGCCCGGUGCCGGCGUCGGUGCCGGCUCCGUCGGCGGCGGCGGCGACUGUUGAGGUGGCGCCACCGUCGAGCGCCACCCGCCAGUCGGCCCGCAUUGCCAGCAAGCUGAGGGAGCUGGGCAUCGACCCGGCGGCCGGAGGUGACACGCUGAAGGAGCCGAACGGCGACGACGAGCCGCUGAAGAAGGCGGCCAACACGGCCUCCUGGGGUCGCGUGCUGCUCUCGCCCGCAGUCUUCCUGCUGGCGCUCAUACCGCUCUACCUGCUGUCUGCCUGCAACAAGAAGCACUGCAGCAUCGGUCGGCUGCCGGACCUGCCGCGCGCGCUCAAGUCCUGGCUGGACCCGGUCGCCUUUCUCUACGUGUUCGGUCUGCUGGCGGUCCACCUGCUGCUGGCGCUGCUGCCGGUGGGCCGCGUCGUCGAGGGCCAGAUCUCCAAGCAGGGUCUCCUGCGCUACCGGUGCGGCGGCUUCGUCUCGCUGACGCUGACGCUGAGCGGCGCCCUGCUCGCCUUCUACCUCGGCUUCCCGGUGCUUGCGGUGUUGCUGAAGCUGCGCCUGCUCCUGGUGUCGGCCACGCUGACCAGCGUGCUGCUAGCGCUGGCGCUGCACCUGCGCUCUCGCCGCGCUCACCUGCUCGACAUCAACCAGGCCGGCGACACCGACUCGCUGCUGGUCAACCUGGUGGAAGGGCGCGAGCUCUCGCCUCGCCUGCUGGGCGUCGACCUGAAGCUGUUGGUGGUGCGCAGCUGCUGCGUGGCGACGGCACUGCUGGCGGUGCUGAUGGCGCUGGCGGAGCGCGCCAGCCACGGCCAGUCGUCGCCCACACUGGUGACCGUCGCCGCCAUGGUGGUCGCGCUCUGUCUCGACCGUAUGUGGUUCGAGGACAACCUGCUUACCACCUACAGCUUCAUGAACGAGGGGCUCGGCCUGCGCCAGCUGCUUGUGCUCCUCACGGCGCCGUUCUACAUGACCUUCAACCUCCGCUUCAUCAUGGUCACUGGGGUCUCCCAGCCGUGGUACGGCCUGCUCGGCAGCGGCGUGCUCUUCAUGGUCGGCUACCUGAUCCAGCGCUCCUCCGACUCCCAGAAGAACGAGUUUCGCAAGAACCCCGUCAACCCGGCACUGGCCCACCUGGAGACCAUCCCGACCACCAAGGGCAAGAAGCUGCUGGUGUCCGGCUGGUGGGGCGUGGUGCGCCACCCCAACCGGCUGGGCGGCCUGAUCAUCGUCACUGCCAUGUGCCUGCCGCUGGGCUUCCAGCACGGCCUGGCCUGGCUGAUGCCGCUGUUCGCCGUCGUCACCGCGACGCUGCAGACGCGCAAGCUGGACGCUCACUGCCAGCGCAAGUACGGCGCCGCGUGGGACCGCUACGUGGACCGCGUGCGCCACCGCCUCGUGCCGGGCGUGUACUGAGCGCCGGCGGCGGCGGCGCGGCCGUCUUCAUCCGGACCGCUCGCCCACUCAUCUGUACAUUCAUCCACAGGAGGGCUUUAGAUAGGGCUCAUCGGCGGCGUGGUUACGUCCACGCUGAAGCUCUGGCUAGAGCGCGUGCGGACCGGGUCGUGGCGACGCAGCGCCGGAAUGCGUGUGUGUGUGUGUGUGCGCGCGCGUGACGAUGCGCCGUCUUUGGCUAAGGAACUACGCGUUGCCAAAUUAAUGGCUUACUGCCUAUGUUGGGCUCACAGUGGGGUGAAACUGACAUUGCUGCGUACUGGAGUUCAAACACCGUUCCUAUGGAGUCCGUAAUAACGAACUUGUCGCCCGGUCACGCAUAAGGAAGCCACUUUUCUCAGGUCAAUGGGUUCGGCACCUCGUGUUUUAUGCAGCGCGUCGGGAAAUUUGUGAGAAUGUCCUCGAAGCGACCGAUUUGGAUAUGUUCACCGAGGCGAUCUCUCGCCGGGGCUGUAGUCCUGCUCAGACAGUAGGUGUGCGAGCGUGCGUGGUCUGACUCAUUCUGUGUACAUACCCAUCGGCGGGGGCAGUCGGACAGGAGCGCGGGAGCGUAGCUGGCUCGACACCAGUGUAGUGCGAGACCAUUUUCACCCACGAAAAUAGACCGUAGUGUCUCGGUGCGGGAUCACGUCGCCCGGAGCCCAGUCGGCCUCGCUCGGUUCUGGUUGGGCGCCGCAGGUUUCAGUUCGGGGCCGGUACGCUUCAUAAUUUGGGGAUUUGAACCUGGGUGAAGCGCUGCCGGAUCGCCUCGGAGCGUAGCUGGUCCCUACGUACUGGAGAAGGAGGGUCGGAGUCAACAGCGUGGAGUGCGACAGUGACUAGCUGAGAUUUAUGUCGUAGAGUUGAUUGGUUUGGGUGCAAGGCGGCAGUAGAGCUCUUGACAUAAGUGCUGGCAACUCGGUUGCAUUGGCGUGGUGAGGAUGUUUGUUUUGUUCAAGACAAAGGUCAUCGUUUUCAGUGCACAAACCACAUAGUUGCAUGCACGUUGAUAUGUCACCAGUUUUAAGGUAAGUGCAUGCCUGCCGUGUCAUUUGAUGGUUGCCUCGACAUUGCAGGUAGUCUGGUAAGAAUGAUUUUGGACUUGAUUAUCUACUCAAUACACGGAUGAAUUUUG